AUGGUAUUCCAGAACCUCCUCCGGCCCGGUGACGGCAUUUUAGAGUGCGGGUUGGAACAGUCCGGCUUCCAGGUAGGUGAACCAGAUAAACAAGACGUUUGCAGUGCCGGUUUACCGAGUAGUGGUAUUGGUGACAGCACAAUUUGUACCGCCGACACACAUCAGAAACAGCCGUUACCGAGGUUUCAGUGGCAUCCUGUCAUGAAAUUAACAAAGGUGGCAGUGGAUGCAAAUAAAGGGGGAGAGAGACUUUGUCAUCGACAUCAGCUAGUCACAGAUAGUAUGGACUGGCCACCCUUAUUGGACAAAUCUCUUCAUUUUGGCAUUUUGGACCCCAGAAAAACUUGUCCACUGGGGAGUCCAGACCCUCACAUGGAAGAUCCUGUGCUUAACUUAGCAAGGAGGCUUGGGGAGCUAGGACAGGCGUCAAACAAACUACUAAAGGAAGGUGAGAUGCCCAGGUGUUCCUGUCAGAGCAUCCUGGCGUCAGCCACAGGGGGAAUAGGGCCUGGAGAGGAUCCAAGUGAAACCAGCGAUGCCCUGUUGGUACUGGAGGGCUUGGGCAGUGAGGAGGUGAGUGAACUCGGAAUGGUCGCCUGUCCAGGUGACGGGUAUAAAGGCGACGUCGGCGCUCGACCUUUCACCCAGGAGGGAAAUAAGGAAACGGGGCUGGAGAGCGACGUGACGGGGAGCCCGGCGACCGCGUUCUCCAGCAGCUCUCUCAGCGGACUCAUGCAUCAGGUGCGCAGGUUAGCUGGGGAGGCCUGCUGUGACCCCCAGGCGUGUCGCCCGCUUUGGGAACCGCUGGGCCUCCAAGUGCCUCCCUCCGACGGCACGGCGGGAGACCCCUCCGCGGAAGCCGCUGCCCUCCCUCCCUCGCCGCUCCGGGGCCAGGAGGCCUCGGCUCCCGCCCCUGCCCCGGCUCCUCUGAGCAGGCCUCCGACGCCCAAGCACGUGGGGUCUCCGCUGGCCGUGGCCGCCCAGAGCCCCGCGGCCGGGGGGGACGGAGACAGGGCCGGCCGGGGCAAAUCGCGAAAGGGCUCCCUGAAGGUCCGUCUCAGCAAACUGUUCCGGACGAAAAGCAACAGUGGAGGUAACAGCCACCUGACGGACAAGAGGCCUUCACUGGCCUCGUCCACUUCAUCCGGAGGAAGCCUGAUGGACGUCUGGGGUUCCAGCAGCUCUGAGCCAGACACGGGGAGCAGACCACAGCUUCCCAGGCCUCAAAGUGCCUUUUCUCCUGUUUCAUACAGUCCUGCUUUUACAGACACGCUCCUCAGGGGAGUUCCGCGGCCGACUCGGCUCCAACAGGACAGCCAAGUCACGGCGCGCGGAGGACAGCCGCCCCUGCUUUGCCCUUUGAGCCGCGCUGAUGCCAGCAGCUUUGCCACCAGCCUGCGAGAACUGGAGAAGUGUGGCUGGUACUGGGGUCCUAUGAACUGGGAGGACGCAGAGAUGAAGCUGAAAGGGAAACCAGACGGAUCGUUUCUGGUGCGAGACAGUUCAGAUCCACGUUAUAUCCUCAGCCUCAGCUUUCGCUCCCAAGGAGUCACGCACCACACACGCAUGGAGCACUAUAGAGGGACCUUCAGCCUUUGGUGUCACCCUAAGUUCGAGGAUCGCUGCCAUUCUGUGGUGGAAUUCAUCGAACGUGCCAUCAUGCACUCGAAGAACGGCAAAUUCCUCUACUUCCUGCGUUCCCGCGUUCCCGGGUUACCCCCCACGCCCGUGCAGCUCCUGUACCCCGUGUCUCGAUUCAGCAGCGUCAAAUCCCUGCAGCACCUCUGCCGUUUCUGCAUCCGUCAGCUGGUCCGCAUCGACCACAUCCAAGAUCUCCCGCUUCCCACGCCUUUGAUAAUGUACUUGAGCAAGUUUUAUUACUAUGAUCCCGAGGAAGAAAUGUACUUGUCAAUCAAGGAGACAGGAAGAGACACUGGUGCUGCACAGGGGGUGGAGUCCCAGACGUAGCAGACGGAGCUCAGAUGAAAUCUUUAUUUUUCUAACGUGGACGUCCCUCAAGACUGCAGCUAAGAUUGGAGGGGUGCCAGUCAGAUGCCUGAGUGACAGCUUGCUGAUCCAAUCAAUCGAUGGGGCCACGUC